AUGGCCGACCCCAAGAUUCAGGAACUCCUCACCAAGUCUCGCUCCGAACUCACCGAGUACGAGAUUGCGCAGCUCGAAGAGUAUGAGUUCUCUUCCGGUCCCCUUUCCAUCCUCCAGACGGCCGUGAGGUCGCACACGCAGGUGCUCAUCUCCAUUCGCUCGAACCGCAAGCUGCUGGCGCGUGUCAAGGCCUUUGACAGGCAUUGCAACAUGGUGCUCGAGAACGUCAAGGAGAUGUGGACGGAGACGCCCAGACUAGCGGACGGGAAGAAGGGCCGGCCGGUCAACAAGGACAGAUUCAUCAGCAAGAUGUAUGUUAUACGCUCCCCUCCUUUUCCAGAUGUCGACGAGGUCUUGAGCUUCGAGAGAGGGCUGCCGAAUCUGAUCGCGUCGAAAUACGGAAAUCAUGUUGCAUAA